UUAAUCAACUUUUUUUCCUCAAACACAAAAAUAAAAUUAUUCGUAGUUUAAGAUUUUCAAAACUAACGUUCGAUUAUAAACAAAUAUGUCUUUCUCAUUCUCAACUUUACAUCCGUUUCCUUGCAGCCAAUAAAACAAACAGCUGAUGCGCUGCAAAAUCUGCCCAAAAUUUGAUAACAAACUGUCAAAAAACUGACAGUAACCACUGACCCAAUAGACAAUAGACGAAGUGUAUUUUUAAUUUUGUUUAAAAGAAAGUGCAAUGUUUUUUGCCAAUUGUAUUUUAAAACAAAAUAAAUUUAAUGCAAUAAUUCAAAAAACAUGUGAACUAAAAUUUAGUACAAAUGCCAUUAGUGCAGCUAGGAAAAAAGUGUGUAUAGUUGGAGCUGGACCAGCUGGAUUCUAUGCAGCUCAAUAUAUUUUGAAGCGUCUGCCCGAUUGUGAUGUUGAUGUUGUGGAGAAAUUACCAGUUCCAUUUGGUCUAGUUCGUUUUGGGGUAGCACCAGAUCAUCCCGAAGUGAAAAAUGUAAUCAAUACAUUUACAAAAACAGCCGAGAAUCCACGUUUCAGAUUCUUAGGAAAUCUUUCUUUAGGAAAAGACUUUAGUGUUAAAGAUUUACGAGAUAAGUACCAUGCAGUCCUUUUAACUUAUGGGGCAGAUGAAGAUCGUCGCAUGAAUAUUCCCAAUGAAAAUUCGAAGAAUCUAAUAUCAGCGAGAAAGUUUGUAGCCUGGUAUAAUGGAUUGCCAGGAGCAGAAAAUCUUAAUCCUGACUUAAGCGGAGAUACAGUGACUUUAGUGGGACAGGGUAAUGUUGCUGUUGAUAUUGCUAGAAUACUUCUAUCAAAUGUUGAUGCGCUUAAGUCAACAGAUAUAACUGAUUAUGCCCUAGAAGCUUUAUCUGCUAGUAAAGUAAAAAACGUGUACUUGGUUGGUCGAAGGGGACCACUUCAGGCUGCUUUUACUAUCAAAGAAUUAAGGGAAAUCUUAAAGCUACCAAAUGUAUCAACUGUGUGGAGAAAAUCUGAUUUUAGAAGAAUCCCAGAGAUAGUUGAUUCACUAGCACGACCACGCAAACGCCUUACCGAGCUUAUGCUUAAAAGCCUAAGCGAACAGAAAUCUUCAAGCACAAGUCAAAAGAAAUUUUUGCCAAUAUUUCAAAGAUCUCCGAAAGAGAUUCAUGAUAAUUUCAUUGAAUUUAGUGUAACCGAAAUCAAAGAAAAUACAGCCAUUCCUACAAAUGUGUCUGAAAAAUUUCAGACUGAUUUAAUAUUACGAUCCAUUGGAUACAAGUCGAGAUCAUUCGAUGAAGAGAUUAACUUUGAUGAAAAAAAAGGAUAUAUUGUAAAUAAAGAUGGUCGAGUUCUGAAAAGAAAUUCCCAACAUGAAUCCAUAGACAAGGGACUCUAUGUAGCUGGCUGGCUUGGAACUGGACCAACUGGAGUAAUUCUCACGACUAUGAAUGGUGCUUUUUGUGUGGCGAAAGCUUUAUGUGAUGAUGUUGAACAAAAACUUAUUGAUACUCAAACAGAGAAACCAGGAUUGGAUACAAGUGAUAAGCAUGUUGUUUCAUGGGACGGCUGGACGAAAAUCGAUAAGUUCGAAGUUGAGUUAGGCAAAUCUAAGGGGAAGCUGAGGGAAAAGAUUGUAGAUAUUGAAAAAAUGUUAAAAAUUGCUGGUUUAUGAUAAAUUUAUUAUUUUGUUUUUACAUUGUUUAUAUUUUUGUGUACAAAAUCAAAUAAAUGGAACGGUUUUGCAUUA